AUUAGCGAGGGGGGAAGCAUACAAACAACGCUGACUUCCUGUAUUUUCUUAUAACGAAUGAAUACAUUACGCAGAACAUAAGCGAGAGGGAUAUAAUAUCUGAAAACGGUAUCGCUGUGGAUGCCACUGCUGUAAAUGCAGAUUGUUUACAGCAGCCCUCGCAUCCUUUCCUCCCUCCCCUUUUCCUCUUUUCCGGAGCGCCGGAGCGCUGGUGGCGAGGCAGCGGCUACAGCAGCUCCCAACGACCGAAGAUAGCGCCUGCAGAGCCGGCCGCGGCCGUCACAUCACCCCGGGCCCCUGGAGGGUGCGAUCCAGAGCAAAGCAGGAAGCAAGCUUUUGAUGCCACAUCAUUGUGCACCAUCAUUCUUCCGUGAAGAAAAGCGCACAGCCACUUCUGGAUUUUAUUAAUCUUCACCUCCAGGUCUUUUCAGGAGUUUGGAUGUGCAGUUUCACAUGAUAUGGCUGUUCUUAAACUAGUCGACCAGCCACCCCUCGUCCAAGCCAUCUUUAAUGGAGACCCCGAUGAGAUUCGUGUGCUCAUAUGUAAAUCAGAAGAUGUCAAUGCACUGGACGCUGAUAAGCGAGCUCCCCUUCAUGCAGCAGCCUUUCUCGGAGAUGCUGAGAUCACAGAGCUCCUCAUUGUGUCAGGGGCACGGGUCAAUGCCAAAGACAACAUGUGGUUGACUCCACUCCACAGGGCAGUGGCAUCACGUAGCGAGGAGGCCGUUCGCGUGUUGAUCCGUCAUUCUGCCGAUGUUAAUGCACGGGAUAAGAACUGGCAGACUCCGUUGCAUGUCGCUGCCGCCAACAAGGCCCUGCGCUGUGCUGAGGUCAUCAUCCCGCUCCUGAGCAGCGUCAAUGUUUCAGAUCGCGGGGGACGCACCGCCCUGCACCAUGCUGCCCUUAAUGGGCACACAGAGAUGGUUAGCCUUCUCCUGGCCAAGGGUGCCAAUAUCAAUGCCUUUGACAAGAAAGACUGCCGUGCACUGCACUGGGCGGCAUAUAUGGGUCACUUAGAUGUAGUGUGUUUACUGGUGAGUCAAGGGGCCGAGAUCAGCUGCAAGGACAAGAGAGGAUACACACCUCUACACGCUGCUGCUUCCAACGGUCAGAUUGCUGUGGUCAAACACCUGCUCAGUCUGGCCGUAGAGAUAGAUGAAGCCAAUGCCUUUGGGAACACAGCGCUGCAUGUGGCCUGCUUUAAUGGACAAGAUGCAGUAGUCAGUGAGCUGAUCGACUACGGUGCUAACGUCAGUCAGCCGAAUAACAAGGGCUUCACACCUCUGCACUUUGCUGCUGCAUCCACUCACGGUGCCCUGUGUCUGGAGUUCCUGGUCAACAGCGGAGCUGACGUCAACGUCCAGAGUCGUGAUGGGAAAAGCCCUCUUCAUCUGACCGCAGUUCAUGGACGAUUCACACGCUCCCAGACGCUCAUCCAAAAUGGUGGAGAGAUUGACUGUGUUGAUAAGGAUGGAAACACUCCGCUGCAUGUCGCUGCUCGAUACGGCCAUGAACUUUUAAUAAACACUCUAAUCACAAGUGGAGCUGACUGCACCAGAAGAGGAGUACAUGGCAUGUUUCCUUUGCAUCUGGCUGCUCUGAAUGCUCAUGCCGACUGCUGCCGGAAGCUUCUCUCCUCAGGACGGAGGUAUAGCAUAAUGUGCCCUCUCAGUAAUGACUCGGUCCUGUCUGCAGGCUUCCAAAUCGAUACGCCAGACAACCUGGGGAGGACGUGUCUGCAUGCCGCAGCUGCAGGCGGUAAUGUGGAAUGUGUGAAGCUAUUACUCAGCAGUGGAGCCGAUCAUAACCGCAGGGACAAACAUGGAAGGACCCCUCUCCACUAUGCAGCAGCUAGUCGACACUUUCAGUGCCUGGAGACUUUGGUGUCCUGCGGUACCUGCAUUAAUGCCACUGACCAUUGGGGGCGCUCUGCUGUGCACUACGCUGCUGCUUCUGACCUAGACAGGAGGCGGCGUGUGGUCCUGGAACCAGAGAGUGACGGAGUUCAAGCUGAGAGGGAGAAGGAGGCAGCUCUGUGUCUUGAGUUCCUGUUGCAGAAUGGUGCUGCCCCAUCACUCAAAGAUAAACAAGGCUACAGUGCUGUUCAUUAUGCCGCAGCGUACGGCCACAGACACUGUCUGAAAUUGCUUUUGGACAGAGAUGAGAACCAACAAGAUGAGAUGGAGAACAGCCAAACCAGAAGCCCUUUGCAUCUGGCUGCGUACCAUGGUCAUGCACAGGCUCUAGAAGUGCUCUUGGAAGGUCACUGCGAGGUGGAUCAGGGGGAUGAGGUGGGUCGGACACCACUGGCGCUUGCUGCCCUCAGGGGCCACACUGACUGCGCUCUCACGCUUCUGAACCAUGGGGCCUCGCCGAGAAGCAAAGAUACUAUCCGAGGACGUACACCGAUCCACCUUGCAGUAAUGAAUGGUCAUACAUCGUGCGUGCGCCUCCUGCUGGAAGACUCUGAUAAUGCAGAUCUGGUAGAUACAGCGGACUCUCAGGGACAGACCCCUCUAAUGCUGGCAGUAAUUGGGGGUCAUGUGGAUGCUGUGUCUCUUCUAUUGGAGCGUGAGGCCAGCGUGGACUUGGCUGAUCGUCACGGUCUGACUGCUCUGCACUUGGGACUCUUGUGUGGACAGGAGGAAUGUGUUCAGUCCCUGUUGGAGCUAGAGGCAUCCGUGCUGCUGGGGGACUCCAGGGGUCGGACAGCCAUCCACCUGGCUGCGGCGAGGGGUCACGCGUCCUGGUUGAGCGAAUUGCUCAAUAUUGCGUGUUCUGAACCCCCGAUACCUCCAUUACGAGACAACCAGGGAUACACACCCUUACACUGGGCCUGUUACUAUGGCCAAGAGGGUUGUGUGGAGGUCCUACUCGAACAAAGAGAUUUUCGUCACUUUGAUGGGAACCCUUUCACCCCGCUGCAUUGUGCUGUGGUCAAUGACCAUGAGACCUGUGUCAACCUUUUAUUAGAGGCCAUGGGAUCAAAGAUUGUAACAUGCAAAGACUCCAAGGGCAGGACACCUCUCCAUGCAGCUGCAUUUGCUGGCCACAUAGACUGUGUUCAGCUGCUACUUGCCCAUAAUGCAUCUUUGGAUGAGGUUGACCAAUCAGGGCGCAGUGCCCUGAUUAUGGCAGCGGAGAAAGGAAGAGUCGAAGUUGUAGAAGCUCUACUUACUAGUGCCAAUGUGAACCUCAAUCUGACUGACCAGAAGGGUAAUACAGCUCUCCAUCUAGCCUGCAGUAAUGGAAUGGAGGAAUGUGCGUUGCUCAUUCUUGGAAAACUUCCAGACUCUGCCCUCGUUGCUACAAAUGCUGCACUGCAAACACCUCUUCAUUUGGCUGCUCGCAGCGGGAUGAAGCAGACAGUGCAAGAGCUGCUCUCUCGUGGGGCCAGUGUUCAAGUACUAGAUGAGAAUGGUCUCACCCCUGCUCUGGCUUGCGCUCCCAGCAGGGAAGUGGCUGACUGCCUGGCUCUCAUUCUGGCUACCAUGAUGCCUUUCUGCUCCCCUUGCAGCUCUGGAGCUCCUUCGCCAGGCGCCCUGCUGAAAUCUCUGCCCCGCCAGGCCAAGAGCCCCCAAGGCCCCCGCAGUCCAAGGGACCCCUCCGGUCCCUCCAGCGAGGGCACGACCACCGAAAACGACUCGGACUCGGAGACAUUUUGACCCCGGCUCCUUCUAGAUGCGCCGGUCAUAGUUUUCAAAGCACAUAUUGUCAUGAACCUUACAGAAGUUGUACAGAUUUUUGAUAAUGGAGCACAGCCUCUGUGACAAGAGAUUAUGACAUAAAGCACACAUGGUACGCUUUUGUUCUGCCACACUUGUUUGCACAGAUUUUUUCGAAAGCCAUUUUAAUCACUUUAACACAGGUUGAUUAUUGAUGGAUUGACAAAUGUUGACUGACUUCUCACACUUGAAGGAUGAUGAUGUAAAGUGCAGAGUAGUGUGUGUUACUUAAUCUGUGGACUUUUGAAAGCACAAACCCUGUGGAAGCACAAGGUGAGGUCACCCUCAUUUCACCCAUGUUGUCACUGUGGGACCAAUCAGGAAACAAGAAAUCACAUUUUUGGAACAACAGGGGAAUUGGCACCACUGUUACCAAACUUACUUGAUAUUUAUUUCUAAUUAAAGGCUGGAAUACACCACACAACUCUUUCCCAGAUUUUUCCCCUGAUUCACAGUCUGGACGAGUUGAUGCAGUUGCAGUCAGAGCCGUAUUGCAGAUUUGAGUAGUCAGAUUUCACAUUAUGCUUUUUGUUAUGCAUCUCCUACGUUUCUGUGUAAGUUUGUUGUGUUCAAAAUGACUUGAAAGUCUAAUGGUGUGUGAUUUGACAGUCUAAUAAUGUGUAAUUAUCAGCCAUUUCAAAAUCUUUUCAGAUUUGAAAAGUUGUGUAGUGUAUUUCAGUCUGAAGACUAGUUAGACUGAAAGUCUAAAGUCAUGACAUCCAGUUUAAUGUGACGAAAAAUCCAAUGCAAGUUCUCCAUUUCUGGAUCGUACACCAGUUGUUGUGAAUAGAAGGCUCUUAAGAUUUAUAUUGCAAAAAGAGCAUUUUUAUUCCACUGAGAAAACUAAAUUUCUAGGCCUUGAUGGUCUAAACUUACGUCUGACGCUUUUGGAGAGUGACACUUUGCCACUCGCUUCCUUCUCAGACAUAGAGACAGUGUUCAAAUAAUACUUCUAUUCAGGUUGAAUUUUAGAUUCUAGUGAGAGGGCAUAGCAUGUUUUGUGAACCAGGAUGUUCUCAAGCCUGUACCGAUAUUUAUUAACAUUUAGAUAACAAUGGUACUACAGUUGUAUGCACUUAUGUAUAGGAGUAAAUGGGUGUUUAAAGGAAUAGUUCACUUGUAGAUUAUAAUUCUGCCACUGUUUACUCAUGUCGUUGUUUUUGUGGAACACAAAAGUAAAAUUAUUAAAGAAUCUUAAUGUGGCUCUUUCCAUACACCAAUACUAAGUCUGUCAACCUCCAGAAAUGACAAAUAAAUACCUCCAAAAGCGCUACGUACUGUAUUCCAAGUCUUCUGAAAUCAUACAAAAGCUUUGUAUUAGAAAGAGGCUAAAUUUAAAGCUGUAAUCCACUGAUAAUACUUCCCUUCAGUGAGCUGUUGGUUCUGGAUCAUUGUUAGUGAAAUGAGCAGAAUUGCGAACAAAUCAACCAAUUCAUCGAAAAGAACCAAUUCAAAAGAAUGAUUUGUUCACUAAUUGGACUGAUCAAGUGUCUCUGAACUCUGAGUCUUGUUCUGGUCCCAGCAGCCAACAGCUCACUGAAGUUUAUCAGUGAAUAAUGACUUCAAUUUUAGUCUUCCUCACACAAAACUAUUAUAUUGCUUCAAAAGACUUUUCCUUUUGUGUCCCAUGAACAGAAAAAAACAGCAUAGGGGUUUGAAGUAAUAUGAGAGCAAGUAAAUAAUGACAGAGUUGUGAGUUUGGGGUGAACUAUUAAUUUUAAAAUGAAUCUAGGACUAUAAUUAAAGUUCCCGGUCUUCUUUUUCUUUCCUUCUGAAAUUCUUUUAAUAAAUCGCACUGGUUGAAUAUAAUUUUUUUUUUACAGAUUUCUAAACAUGCAUGAGUGUUUCUUUGCUUUCAAUUUUGAUUCUUUGAUUUUUACUUCAAAAUAUAAAGAGCUUUCAGUGAAGAUGGUGUUUUAAUAUCUUUCCAAAAACAAUUCAGAAUGAAAAUGUAUACCACCAUUUGUCUGUUUGCCUUUGUCCACAAUGUGCCAGUUUCUCCACCGUGUCCAGUGCCUUGUUCUGCAUUUUCAGAGUUAGAUUACAUCAGUAUAUGUUUGUAUGUAUGUAUUGGAGUGUAAUGAAAGUCUGAAGAUGUGAAGAUAAGUCUGGUUCACACCUACCAAUCAUAAGCCAAUGUUUUGUUUUUUUUACCAAGUCCUGAUGUUUGUGCCUAUGAGUGUGUGAUUUACAAUAGAAAACAGUCUUUGUACAUAUCAGCUCAUGGACAUUAUCAUCACCAGAGCAAGAAUUGCACACAGCUGUCUUAUAACCGAAGCACAUGGUUGAUUUUCUUUUCAUAGAUUAGAGGGAUUGUGAGUGAAAGGAUUCAGAAGAAUGAGUCAAACAGUAUUAUAAUAGAAAAAAAAAAAGCUUUGAAAUGUGUGACAAUCUAGAUUUUGGUUUCCUCCUUCAUUCCAAUGUUGAAGGUUCUUUGUCAGCUCAAGUUUCUUUUAUAAAAAUUGUAUGACUAUUAUAUAAAAUGUUUUAACAGAG